AUGACCGAUAAAACAAGCUAUGAAGAUACGGUUGUUCAUCUGGAUGUUAAGGAUUAUUACGGAAAGAAGUUGCAGAAGACCUCUGAUUUGAAGAGCAAUGCCUGUGUGACACCAGCCCAGCCUUACCCAAAAUUCAUCCUACAAGCGCUGAAGAAAGUUCAUCCUGAUGUGACUGACAGAUACUACGGUUGUGGCCUCGUGGUCCCAGAGUGUUUAGAGGGCUGCAGGAUUUUGGACUUGGGCUGUGGGAGUGGCAGAGACUGCUACAUGCUGAGUCAGCUGGUGGGAGAGGCGGGCCAUGUCACUGGCAUUGACAUGACUGAGGAUCAGCUUGACGUGGCCAGGAAACAUGUGGACUUUCACAUGAAGGAAUUUGGCUACAAGAAGCCCAAUGUUACCUUUGUCCAGGGUUACAUUGAGGCCUUAACAGAGGCAGCUCUGGAAAAGAAAUCUUUCGAUAUCAUCAUCUCCAACUGUGUUGUGAACCUUUCUCCAGACAAGAAGCGAGUCCUGAUAGAAGCCUAUAGUGUGCUCAAGGAUGGUGGUGAGCUAUACUUCAGUGACAUCUACAGCAACGGAAGACUAACCGAAGAAAUUAAAAGCCACAAAAUCCUUUGGGGGGAGUGCAUUGGUGGCGCACUGUGGUACAAAGAUCUGCUGCAAUUGGCUGAGCAAGUAGGAUUCAGUCCACCGAGGCUUGUUACUGCCAGCAUCGUCACUGUUGACAACAAAGAACUGCAAGCCAUUCUGGGUGAUUUCAAGUUUGUCUCUGCCACCUACCGUCUGUUUAAGAUCCCAAAAGGCAGCCCAAAGCCAUGUAAAGUCAUUUAUAAUGGAAACAUUACUGGGGCAGAGGACACCUUGCAGUUCGACUGUCAGUACACCUUCAAGACUGGUCAAGUAAUGGAAGUAGAUGGUGAAUUAGCUGCGAUCUUAACCCAUUCCAGAUUUGCAGAGGACUUCACUUUCCAGCCACCAGGAGGCUCUUGUGACCCUUGUGGAGUAAAACCAAAGGUGUGUUCUGAAGAUCCUUUUGAGCUGGCCUUGCAGUUGCCAAAACCGAGCCCAGGUUCAACCACAGGGGGAUGCUGCAGCACGCAGUCUGCGACCUGCUGCAAGUGA